UCCAUGACGAGAAGGCAUGAUUUAUCCCUAACUUUGUUGGUUGUUUGUUGUCGCCAUUACACACGCACAGAAGGACUAGGCUAUAGUUGAAAAUAGGCCUGUUAUUUACGCAUUGAUUGCCAUUGUUUUUGUUCUCGUGAAAUAUUCGACAUACAAAGGUUAUAUUGUAAAAUUGUUCAAUCAUCCCUGAUACUUGAAAGUGUUCGUUUUGUUUAAGUUCUCAAUGUCGGAACAUAUCAGCUAUUUUCCUGCGUUUUUGGCAAGAGAAAAGCUGCUCCAAUACAUUGAGCUAUUGGGACAUUUUAGUUCUUUGUCUUCAUUUUUGAGCCAAUUCAAAUGUUCCUCGGUGUAAAUAGCCUACGAUGGAUUUUGGAAUGAUUAGGCCCUAUAUAGGCUUAGCCUAUUUCACACACCCUAUUGGAGACAUACGAGUCACAGGUCGAGACCUUUCCGGUUGUUUUCUUAGUUUAUUUGCUAAAUUGGAUGAAUGGGUCUAUAUGUCUCGAGAAAAUAUCUCCUUGUAUGAUUCUCGACAUAAAACCUGGCUGCGUGGGUCAUAUCAGAUGUAUGAUGUACUUUACAUUGCCCCCAUGGGCCGAAAUGGGAUCCUAUGCCAUUAAUGUUAAAUAUCCAUUACGGAAGUUCCACCCAAAAGGUUGUCUAGCACGUUAUUUUAUUCAACUUUAUGUACCAUGCUAAACCAUCUAUCACCGGACGACUUUUAUAUACAAUCAACGUCUGGAGUUUAAAUGUCCCGCGUUUAAGUGUAUUGUUUCAAAAAUAAUACUAGGCCUAUAAAAAGAGAAUGUAUAGCCUACUUUAAAUAAAUACAGCAAAAUACGUAAGGUAGCCUAUAUUUAAAAUAAACUUGAUCAGUUGUUAUUUUAUUAUAUUGCCAAAUGUUGACAUUAGACCUACUGAUUCUGUAUUAGGCCUAUGUGUAAAAUUGGCUCACGUUUGUCAAUAUUUCGGUUAAUGUCUUAUAGUUCAAAGCCUAUGGGCGUUCAUGAAUAGUGGGCUAGUGAAAACACCAAUUAAGAGUGAUAGCAGCAUGAAGCUAGUGUAGAUGGCCGGCUGCAGCCAGUCCGGGUGAUGAUGGUCUUGGGCCGUGCAUCCUGUCUGGUCAGGCUAACCGGAAUGCCGCCUUUACGGACACAUCCUCCCUGUUGCUGCAGCAACUUGGCCAUAAAACGCGUCUUCGUCUGGAACAUUUGUACAAUUGGAGUGUAGUGCAAUAAACCGUCUGAGACCAAGGUUAUUAACUGUGACUAAGGGCUUUAAAAACAACGGCUGCCUGCCUGGGAGCAUUGAAAGCUUGUGUUCGCGGACUUUUCCUGCUUCAUUUGUCUCGGCAGCUCAGCGUGCGCGGGCAGGAAUAUAUUCAGGAUGGAAUCUGCAGUUCGAACGUGGUUGUUUGUUUGUUCCACUGGGAGGCGCUGCUCGGAUCAAUGUCAUGGAUCAAUGCCGUGGAUGUGGACGGAACUCUGGCCGAGACUCUCCUUCCCAUGCAUCAAACAUCCAAAGACAGACUCAUUACAUUACAGGGUUUCAUUGUUCAGACUAUUCCCAGCCUCAACCCGGGCAGCCACCCACGCCACAGCCGGUCAAAGCAGAAUCUGAAUGGAGUCUGUAGCCCUCUGCCAGCCGCAUCCCUACCCCCGGAGUACCCUUGGAUGAAGGAGAAGAAAGCCUCCAAGAAAAACCACCAGACUACUGCCACAGCUACAACUCCCGACACUGCGCCACUUCACUUCUCUCCCCAAGGGUCGCCAGAGAUUACAGAGAGUGGUGGCGGGGGAUCUCGGAGGCUGAGGACAGCGUACACCAACACCCAGCUAUUGGAGUUGGAGAAGGAGUUUCACUUCAACAAGUAUCUGUGCAGACCCCGGCGGGUGGAAAUAGCUGCUUUACUGAAUUUAACUGAGAGGCAGGUGAAAGUCUGGUUCCAGAACCGCAGGAUGAAGCACAAGAGACAAACCCACUGCAAGGAGAACCAGAACGGCGAGGGGACAUUCACUAGUCUGGAGGACGGGAGAGAGGAGGACUUCGAACAGGCUGGUAACAAUGUAGGCCUACCCGCCGGCGCGCUUCUGGAGAGGGAAAGCUGCUCUUUUCACCAGAAUACCUUAACUUCACAACAACAGUCUCAGAAUGCACACAAUCACAAUGGAGAUUCCCAAAGCUCAACUGCUUCGCCUUUAAACAGCGAUGACAAAAAUCUGAAACAUUUUCCUAACCCGGCACCCACUGUUCCUAUAUGCGUGUCAACAAUAGGCCCGGACUGCGCAUCUGGCGGGGACAAUGCGCAUUCCCCGGCCCUGGACGUCUCUUUGCAGGACUUUCACGUUUUCUCAUCGGAUUCCUUCUCUCCAAGUUUGUCAGAUUCUAUAGAUAGUCCAAUGGGUUUAUCAUCUGAAGGUUUCGAUUUUUUCUCAGAAACGCUCACAACAAUCGACCUGCAACACUUGAGCUACUAACUAUUCUAAAAGAGAAAACAACAAUUCAAACAUCUUAGUUUAGGAAGAGCUUCCUGUCUUCCAAGUUCUUACAAAUAACUGGCUUCACUUUAUAUUUUGAUGUAAUUGUUUGAUUGAUUAAUACAUGGCUCCAAUGAGGUAAGUUUGAAAACAAUAACUUCAUCAGUUGAAUAGUUUUUUUAUAUUGCCAAUAUUAUGCCUCCAAAUAAUGAUAUAAAACAUCUUUUCAUUUUAUUUUUGUAUCAUUUCCCGGUACAAUAAUGUUAUAAAUAGCCUAUUUUCUUAGAAUAAAAUGUUUCUUAUUUACGAGAGAUAUUCAUCAUCAUGUCCUUUACUAUUUUCCAUUCACUUGAACGUUGAUGUUGUUUUCAUUACUUAAACAAUUUUGUUUUAAUUUAGCAUACAAUGGGUCUGAAAAUAAUUGUCUCAAUAUUCUUAGAAUAUUCUUAGAUUUUUAGACAUUCUUAGAAAAAUAUUGUUGCAACAAGUGAUCUUUUGAUGAUGAAAUCUUUCCUUCAGAAUGGAAGGCAAAACUCUUCAUCCUGAAAUAUAUAAAGUGAAUUGAUUGGUGUUAAAUGGACAAUAGUGAGCAGAUUUGAUCAUCUCAUAAAAGGAAAUCACAAAUAUAAACUACUGAAACGACACUGCGAUCAUUUCCAAACAUAAUUUCAGCCCAAAACAGUAACAUACUUAAAAUACUUCCAAUAACAAUAGGCUACUUCUAAUGAAGUUACAAUAAAUAUUUUCCAACUGUAGCUUGUUUUGCUCUUGAAUAUUUUUCCUAGAAAGAUUGAUGAUUGAAUUAGCCAUACGCUAUGGACUAGAGCUGCUGAAUGAGACAUAGAUUACAUUGUUUCUGAGUCCAUAAAUCACAGUAGUUUAUGAUUGAGGACGUCAUUAAAGAGAUUAAUUGCCGUAGUACAUGCGCAAAUAAAAACAAUCUUCCUAUUGGGGAUUACCGGGAGUCCUCCGCCAAAAGCUGUAACUUUGUUGACGUUCUACAAUUACAUUUUAUAGCCUAUAAAACUUACAUCUUGGGGAGGAGUAUAGCCUACUACUUCACACUACGUAAUUCAAUCCACUGUUGAAAGAGAUUCAUGCUUUUUGCCUCUUUAAAUCUUUAUUUCUUUAUUUUUACAGUAUUGAAACUAAACAAUUAGUGUCGACUACGUGGUUAUUAUUUUUCAACUAAACCCAAUCUGUUAAUUGACUAGGCUAUAUGUUUGCAAUUAACAUAUAAUAUUACUAAAUAGACUGAAUAAUGUGCACGUGCUGAACGGGUAAAUUAAAUCCAUGGCACUGUUUCAAUAUGAUUAUAUUUAAAUAUAUGGAAACGUAUUAUGAUCACUUGUCAGACUAUUUUGGUUGAAUAUUUUAACACAAUUCGUUGAUCACAAUAUGACAUGCUGUAAUUCUAGCCUAGUCUACCAUGUCAAUGGUAAAUCACUGCUCAGACAGGAUGCCCUAAACCUGAUAGUUCCUCUACAAAUCAGUAUUGGUCUAGUGAAUAAAAUAUAAGAUAUGGAUAUCCAAUUAAGGGUACAAAAUACUAUUUUCUUUCACAAUGAUUAGGCCCUGUAUCACAACACCAGACGCACUAACAAUGGCAUAGUGUGCUAGGCUACGCUAGACUCGAGCGUGCUUCUUUCAGUGGGCCUGCGGAUAGGGGGAUACGGUCAGACCACCGCCAUUUUCUACAACACCAUCGAACGGUCAGCAUGCUGUCUGAAGCUAGUUAUGAGGUGUCUUUCAAACAAUAGUAUGCAAAUAAAUUGUUUUAAAAAAAAAUCACAUUUACGACAAAUUCCGUUCUUUAAUGUAGGAUUAUAUUGAACAUAUGUGACAGAAACAUGUUUAAGAAAAUACAUUUGGUCGGGGAUGGACUAUAAAUGUAGCCUAGUAGCCUUCUGCCAUACAAUCUAUAGUAGGUCCUUUUAAACUACAUAUUCAUUAUUGAGAGUAAAAUCGACAAUUAUAGUCUAUGAAACAGUUGAAAUUAAAUGAUUUCUAUAAAUCUAAUCUGAAGAGUGCAACAAAUCAUGCUCUUGUAGUCUUGUCACAAACAUUCACAAAAGGUAGACAAGUAAUAACUAAGAUUAUCUGUCUGAUAUGACAAUGACACAUUUAUUGGGUUGAAACCAUUGAAUCUCACCCAAAAAGGGCAUCAAUUCCUUUCCCAAAUGGAAACCUAUUCCCCACACUGUAAAAUCGGAUAAAUUCUGGCUACUCAAACAUUUUGAAGAAACAAUUACCUAACAACUUAAAUAGCUGACGUGAGCAGUACUAUCUUCCUAUGAGUAAUAAAAAUGCAUGUAUUUUGAGUAAAGUAUACUUAAAUUUAACGCCACCAUUAAGCCACGCCUCCAAGAAUUUCUCAGUGUGCCUCGCCUUUUCGAUUGAAUUGUAGUUACCACCCAUGACUGUAUUUGUUAGUGACAGAGACGUCGUUGUAGAAUUCGUGCAAUUUCAGUCCAGGGGCAUUCACCAAGUGUGUUCUUAGGGGAACAUUAUAAUUGACCCAUUACAUCUAUCAAAAGGCCUAAUAAAGUGGCCUGAAACUCAGUUUUACAGGCCACAUCAGGCCUGCAAGUAGGGUUGUAAAAUUCCCUACAUUUUUUCCAGUAAUCUUCCAACCAGGAUUUUUGGAAAACCUGGGAAAUUCAUCAGAAUUUUGCAUCCCUUACAGUAAAGCACAUUAUACAGUGUAUUGCAAAGUGAGGUGUAAUUCCUAUUGAAAUCUAGUCAGCAUUAGGCUAUCCAACAGUUGAAAUGUGUAUUCACCUGCAACCUACAUUCAUAAUGACUGCCAGGGUUAAGAACAGUGGGAGGAAACCUAAGCCAUUUAAACUGGAACAAUUUCAGUAAGGGGUGCACAAAUCCAAUGAUUGGACUAGUUUAGAAAACAAUUAUUUAUCUUUGAUUUAUUAAAUGUUAUGAUACAAUCACUGAAUGUACAU